AUGCGUCUGUCAGGCUUGCAGAAGGAGGUGCUGGCGCUGUAUCGCCAGUGCCUGCGCGAGUGCCGAAAGAAGCCGCAGGACACGCGAGCUCACUUUGAAAAGUUUGUGAGGGCCGAAUUCUCACGCAACAUCACCAUUGAAAAGCGCGACUUUGCCGCCAUCGAGUUCCUGCUGCGCAAGGGCCAUCGCCAGCUCGACGUCUACUCCUCUCCUGGCAUCAAGGAUAUCAGGUAA